AUGACAGAGUAUCUGCCCAUUAACGCUCUUUCCGCUGUCAUCCUCGUAUCUGGCAAAGUUGAACCCGAAGAAGAAGAAUGGAUUGGGCCUAAAGUUCCCGUUGCACUAUACCGCCAAGCCCCUCCUCCCGCGAGCAUCCUUGAUGACCGGUAUACGAGGGAAAAACACUUGAACUUUUCCGACUUUUGUCCUCCAUACCCCGAUCCUCCUUUUGAACUUCCGCCACCUGCAGGCUUAACUCUUCAUGUCUCUCUGGGAAAACUCUUGUCUGAAGGCCGAACUGGAAUGAUUUUUGAGUGUGAAUGUACCAUUCCUCAUGGGAACAAAAUGGGAUACAAGAUCCCACCAGUGGUGAUUAAGAUUGCAAGACAGUUUCAUACAAAAGAUAUAUCAAGAGAGGCAACAGCAUAUGAGAGUAUGACAUGCCUGCAAGGCUCUGCUAUUCCACGCUGUUAUGGUUUCUUCCAAGCACGGUUGUUUGAUUAUUUUGAUUUUGGUCCAAUGUUUAUCCUAAUUAUUGAGAAACUUGGGGGUUUAUUGGAACUUGGAGAACCACUCCCAAAUGGUGCGGAGUCUGACCUGACUGAUGCUUGCUCAGACUUGGCUCAUCUCCGCAUCCAUCAUGGCGAUUUGCGUUGGGAAAAUAUUUUGUCUGUACUAGUCCCCAAUGAAGGUGGUCUUCCAGGUGUACCGUCUCCAUUCACAGGCAAGGUUUACGGUUGGAGGCUUGUGGACUUUGAUCUGGCUACAAGGACUGCUCGAGAUUUUCCUCGUGCUCACUCAUACUACUACAAUCAUCUGCGUCGUGUGCUAAGGUGCAUUCCCAUGGGUAUCGCUGUUCAACCAUGGGAAUGA